AUGGGAGGCGGCGGCGGCGCCAAUGGUGACCCCGAAGAGGCCAACGACAACAACACCAGCGGCCACGAGACAUCAUCAACCGAAAAGAAACCUCCUCCGGCACCGGCUUUGCAAGUCAUCGUUCUGGGCUCUGGUGGAGGACCUAUCGAGUCCAAUGUCACGGCGUUCCUCGUACGCCCAAUAGCGGCGGGCUGGAGGAGAGGGUCAGUCAUUGCCGUUGAUGCAGGCGUACACCUCGGUGCCAUCGAGAAGAUUUUGGCAAAGACUCAGCCAGCCACACUUGGCGAGGAUGAAGAACAUGCUCUGCCAUACACCCUCACCACGGGGCCAUUCGCAGGGCUCCAAGUUCCCUCGGCUAAAUCAACUGCCAAUGCAUCCUUCAUUCACCGGACCCUGAUCGACACAUACCUAAUAACGCACCCUCAUCUCGACCACAUUGCCGGCUUCGUAAUCAACACAGCAGGUCAAGGUAGUUCUAGACCCAAGAAACUCGCCGGUCUACCCAACACGAUAGCAGCUUUCAAGACUCACAUCUUCAACAACGUCAUAUGGCCGAACCUGAGUGACGAGAACAACGGAGUUGGGUUGGUGACGUAUACGCGCCUGGUAGAGGGCGGCUCAUCAGCGCUGGGAGAGGGCGAGUCAAAGGGCUACCUUGAGAUCACUGACGACCUCGCAGUUAAGGUUUGGGCUGUCAGUCAUGGUCAUUGCUAUGAGAGGCACACUCAUCGCGGCAGCGGCAGCGUCACGCGCCCGGGAAGCUUCGAUGCUUCCUCUAUGGGAGCAUCGCCCAUGGGUGUCAUGAGUCCGCCCAUGUCCCAUCUGGGACCCCGUGGGCUGGCUCAUCAUAACAGCAUAUCCGCGGCUAAUAACAGCCUUGCCGCAUUUAUCCAACAGCAGCAGCAGAGAGACCAGGAUCGAAUGUCUAUCCACCCCGGAAACCUGUUCGGCGGCGGCGGUCGUAGCAACUCCAUCUCAGGACUUGGCGGCGGACACGCAGCAGAUGAAUCAGUGUGUGUUUAUGACAGUUCGGCCUACUUCAUUCGCGAUGUAACGACGGGCAGGGAAAUUAUCAUCUUUGGUGAUGUUGAGCCAGAUUCCGUCAGUUUGUCACCACGGAACCGGAACAUCUGGCGAGAGGCCGCGCCCAAGAUUGCCAGUGGGAAGCUCACUGCCAUUUUCAUCGAAUGCAGCUUUGACGAUUCCCAGACGGAUGAUCGUCUGUUCGGACACCUCACACCAAGGUAUAUUGUCGAGGAAAUGACCGCUCUGGCCGAGGAGGUGACAGCUGCGAGGAUGGAUAUCCUGCGCAGACAGUACGAAAAGGAACACGGCAUCAAGCGCCAGUCAACAGUUACCCGUCCGGGUCCCAUGGCAAGGAGUUACUCCGACUACGGAAGCGUCAGCAGCGAUAAGAAGCGCAAGCGCCAAGAGGAGGAGGACCGCAACACCCGACGAAGGACGAUAACAUCACAUGCGCGAGCAGCCAGCGCCAACCCGGGAUUCAGGACCAGAAGAGAACAAUCAAUAGCAGCAGGAGCUGGAGCAGACAAAAGCCAACAUCCACAGUCAUCACAGCAGCAAACUGAAGACUCCAUCUCCCCAAAAUCCGGCAAGCGCUACGAAAACCGUCUCAGCUCCGCCUCAGCCCAAGCAGCCGCCGCCGCCGCAAGCACCACCUCCCUGCACGAAAACGACGGCGUCAACCCGCGCAACCCAACCGGCUUCCGCAUCGACACCCCGCACCUCACCACGCCCACGGCCGAGAUGUCCCUCGACGAUUUCCAGCAGCGCGCCACGGUCAACCACCAACCGCAAUUCAACACUUCCCUGCAACAGCACCAAAUGGGCGGCGGCCUUUCCCGAGCCAACAACCUCCCGCAACUCCAUCUCUCCGAACCCACCUCCCCUUACGGCUCCCCUUCGUCGUCGAACGCAAUGUCCAUCUCCACGCUCCCGCCCCCCGCAGCACCAGCAGCCGUUCACUCCUCCUCCCAACUUAACAACCACCCCAACCAAGCCAACCCAUCCUCCUCUUCCGGCGGCGGGUCAGGCCUCGUCUCAUCAUCGUCAAUAUCCAACGUCACCCCGGCGACAUCCAUGUCCCUCUACCUCAACGGCAACACGCGCGAUAUGAUGGAUACGGACUCCAACGCCGACGUGGAUAUUAACGUGGAGCUGGCGAGACAGUUACCCGAGCAGCCGCUGGAGGGACUAAAGGUGGUGAUUAUUCAUGUUAAAGACAGGAUGGUGGAUGGGCCGAGUGCCGGGGAGGUGAUUUUGGAGCAGCUGGCGGAACAUGAGGAGGAGUGUAGGUUGGGGGUGGAGUGGGUUAUGAGUUUUGCUGGGCAGGAGGUUUUUGUUUAGGGGAAGGUUGGUAUAUGUGGGGUGGGUACGGUGAGGUUAUAUAUAUAUAUCAAGGAGAUAUAUAUAGAGGGGAAUGGGGAGGGUGGGUGGAAGGUAUUUUCUCUUCGGUUCUUGAUGGCGAUCUGUUAUUGUA